UGUCAAUAAAGGAGGCAUGUCGUCGCAAGUUUUCAACUCGAGAAUUUUGAUUUUUGGUUUAUUAUUUUUGUUGUUUUGUUGUACGGAUUCCUGGAAUUUCACGGAGAAUUUAUUGAGGUUUAAAAAAGAUUCGUUCAGUACAAAAAGUGGAAGACUGAUUAGUUUUGACGCAUCUGAUGGAAAUCUAAAAGUCGAUCUGGAAUUCAGCAUACCCUUCUUAGAAGUCCCUGUACAAAAAUCUGUGGAUUACGCAAGAAAUUUCGUUGCCAAAAUUAACGUACCAUCGUUGGUGCUAAGCGGAGUAGUGAUCUUCGUAUCAGCAGUGGUAAUACCCACGGUAUUCAUGUUUUGGAACAAAAAAUUUCAUAUUCUAGAUCCACCUACAAAUUCAUACAGAAAAAUUGAAGAAGAACCUUCAAUACUCUGGCGAUACUUAACAUAUCUGGAUGCAGUGUUUAUGGAAAACGAUAUCGACACUACAUCCUGUCUGCAAAGAAGCAUCUGUUCCUUGAUCAACAAGUCCAAACAAGAUAAUCUGAAUGGAAACGGAAGCAGCAUGAACAAGAUCAUCGACGGAGUCUCAUCGAGCGAUUGGUUUUUAGAGCAAGUUUUCAAUACACCCCUGUAUUCGGCCAUUAUUCAUGGAACGAAGAACGGCAAAUGUAGUGAACAGUUUACGAAUUGCAGAAUUACACAAAAAACGUUUAAUAAAUUUGCAAGAGAGAUUUUCAAAUAUGUAGGUACAGGCACAUAAAUAUAUAAC